AUGAAAGCGUUGAUUACUAUAUUACUAUUCAUAUUUUUAUUCUUUCAAUCUUUCAAAUGUAAUGUCUCGAAUAUUUAUAUACAACCAGAAUUGGCAGUAUUAAAUUUGAGCAGCACAACCAAAUUCAUAUGUAUUAAAGAAAAAGAUGAUUAUCGAGGAUUUGAAAUUAAUUUAUUACCAAAAAUUUCGUCGCAAUAUGUACAAAUUUCAAUUAAUCGUCUCAAUAACACUGCUACUGAAAUAAUUAUACAAUCAUUGGAUUAUAUAGGCGCAUUCUAUCUUACAUGUUCGUCAACAGGAGAACGAAAUCUCAGUGCUCGCUCAAAUAUUCUAAUUGGCAGAGAACCUGGAUUACUAAUGCGUACAAAACGUUGUAUUGUAUAUUAUGAUACAUAUAUCGAUUGUACAAUAAUAGCACCAAUAAUGGUACAAGCUAUUACUAAUAAAUUACCUUAUGAAAUUAAUUUUUUUGAACGUAUUUUGUCUUACCAAAAGAGAAUUUAUCAACUUCAACCUGAAUUAGUAGAAAUGAAUCCGAUUAAUGGAACUUUGACAUAUCGAUGGUUUCCAGAAUCUAUUAAAAAAUUCCCACCAAAAUUAAAAAUGGUUGUCUAUGCAACAAUACAUCAUUUUGGUACAAGUAAUUAUACAAUGGAUAUGACACCAAUUUACAAUAUAUCAUCGAAUUUUACAGUUCCAGUUAUAUCUUCUACUGAUUUAAAAAUUGAAUUUAAUUAUGGAAAGUUUUCGUCAUUAUCGUUUUGUCAUGGAAAUUUAACUAACGAAGAACAAAUUCAAACUUCAAAUGUAAAACAAGAUAUUCGAACAUUUGAUGAAUCUAAUGAAGCUAUUUAUGUAAGUGAUUUAAAUCCUAAUACUUGGUAUCAAAUAUGUUUUCAUUGUCGUCGUGAUUCAUCAAUUGAUACGAUUAGCAACACUGAAUGUUAUCGUUAUAAAACUUUAGAAGAAUCACGACCUCAUAUAGUCAUUCUAAAUUCUACGAGUACUGUUAAUUUUACAUGUUUCAAUUAUCAAACAAAUAAUUCAUCGUUAGAAGCAAGUUUAUCUAAAAAUAUUUCAUCGAAUGAAAUAAAACUAUUCACCAAUCCUUUAAAUACAACAGCGAUUCAUAUUCGACUUGAAUCGACAAAUUAUGUUGGAAUAUUCUAUUUGCUAUGUUAUUCAAACGGCGAACAGAGUAAAGGCACUCGCGCUGAUAUUAUUGUCGUAGCUGCACCGGGCGUACUUCAACUUGCUGAAAAAUGUCGCGUCUAUGACAGACAAUACAUUAAAUGUGUAAUUCGAGCACCGACAAUAGCACGUGCUGUUCAAAAUGAUUUUCCAGUACGAUUUGAGUUUAAAGAAGCUGCUAAUUCUCCUGAGCAUAUGGCUUACAGACCACAAUUUAAAUUCUUAAGAAAUGAAAGUAAUUAUGAAAAUUUAAUAUUCAAAUGGCAACCAGCAGUAGACGGAGAGUUUCCUAGUGGAGUACGAAUGCAAAUGAAAGCAAUGUUACCACAUUUCGAACCAUCAUCUUAUAAUUUCGAUAUGACUCCAGUCUUUCGAAUAAAACCGAGAUUUAAUCUUCGAGCUAUAUCAUCGAAUCAAGUUGAAAUGAGCAUUACAUCUCUAAAUCCAUCAGCAUUUUGUGAAAAGACUGUUAUACCAAAGCUCACUGCGACAAGCAAUCAAACAUGGACAGUUGUUGAAUCAAAUCGAAAUAAUAUUUUAAUUGAUAAUCUUUCGCCUGAUUCUAUGUAUCAUAUAUGCAUGAAAUGUCGACAGAUAUAUUCUGAUCCAGACGGCGUUGCCGAAUGUCAAGAAAUAAAAACAUUAAGCAGACUAGAAUGGUUUCUUCAAAAUAAGUUUUUUAUUAUUGUGAUUGCUAUCGUCGUAGUUUUACUUUUUAUCGCUGGUCUUAUCUAUUUUUUUCGACGAAAAAUAUGUAAUGGUAAAAAAAGAUACAAACAACCUUAUUAUCCUACCAUUAUACCAGGUGGUCGUUACUAUCGUUCAAUUGCAGAUAUAACUGAAGUUAUAGAUCAAUGUGCUGCACCAGAAAUUUUAUCCUGA